GCAGCAGCCUGCAGAGGAACACAGCUGCCUCUGGCUGAAGGGCCUAGAGCACUGUCGAGGGAGCCACGCCCCUCUCCAGCAGAGGAAUCGCCACCGUCGUCAGCAGCGGCUGAGGCAGGAACGAGCCGCCAGUCACAAGGCACCUUGAGAACUUGAGGAUGCGGAUGUCUCCAGUCUUUGCCUGCCUCACCCUGGGCCUGGCCCUCAUCUUUGGGGAAGGGUCGGCCUCCUACCAUCACCAGUCUCAGGCGGCCCGCCUGGCCACAGACUUUGGAGUGAAGGUGUUUCAGCAGGUGGUGCAGGCCUCUAAGGACCGAAAUGUAGUUUUCUCACCUUAUGGGGUGGCCUCAGUCCUGGCCAUGUUGCAGCUGACCACAGGAGGAGAAACCCAGCAGCAGAUCCAAGCGGCGAUGCAAUUCAAGAUUGAUGAGAAGGGCAUGGCCCCUGCCCUCCGGCAACUGUACAAGGAGCUCAUGGGGCCGUGGAACAAAGACGAGAUCAGCACAGCCGAUGCCAUCUUCGUGCAGCGGGAUCUGAAGUUGGUCCAGGGCUUCAUGCCCCACUUCUUCAGGCUGUUCCGGACCACGGUCAAGCAGGUGGACUUUUCAGAGAUGGAGAGAGCCAGGUUUAUCGUCAACGACUGGGUGAAGAGACACACCAAAGGCAUGAUCAGCAACUUGCUUGGGGAAGGAGCUGUGGACCAGCUGACGCGCCUGGUGCUGGUGAACGCCCUCUAUUUCAACGGCCAGUGGAAGAUGCCCUUCCCAGAGGCCAGCACCCACCACCGCCUCUUCCACAAAUCUGACGGCAGCACCAUCUCUGUGCCCAUGAUGGCUCAGACCAACAAGUUCAACUACACUGAGUUUUCCACCCCCGAUGGCCAUUACUACGACAUCCUGGAACUGCCCUACCAUGGGGACACCCUCAGCAUGUUCAUUGCUGCCCCCUAUGAAAAAGAGGUGCCUCUCUCUGCCCUCACCAACAUUCUGGAUGCCCAGCUCAUCAGCCAGUGGAAAGGGAAUAUGACCAGACUCACCCGCCUCCUGGUUCUGCCCAAGUUCUCCCUGGAGAGUGAAGUCGACCUCAGGAGGCCCCUGGAGAACCUGGGAAUGACCGACAUGUUUAGGCCAAACCAGGCAGACUUCUCCAGUCUCUCAGAUCAAGAGCCUCUGUACGUGUCGCAGGCACUGCAGAAAGUGAGGAUCGAGGUGAACGAGAGCGGCACAGUGGCGUCGUCCUCCACAGCCUUUAUCGUCUCAGCCCGAAUGGCCCCCGAGGAGAUCAUCAUGGACAGACCCUUCCUCUUCGUGGUGCGGCAUAACCCCACAGGAACAGUCCUUUUCAUGGGCCAAGUGAUGGAACCUUGACUGUGGGAAAAGCCACCCUCAUCUGGGACAGAACUGGAGAUGUGUCCAAGAAGAAACUCUAGAGAAAAGAAUUUUUAUUUUAAUUCACUUUUCUGGAGAAAGAGAAGACAUUUGCCUUAAAAAAAUGGUAAAUGUUUUGGAUCUGCCUCCUAGACCUCAGGCUCUCCCAGGAAUGGAAAAGAGGACCUUUGAGUAGAACUCCCCAGUGGAGACCCUGAGACUGACCUUGGAAGCACAACUCCCCGAAGGUCUCCCAGACUGCAGAACUCCCAGAACCACUUGCGCAGCUGCUUCUGUCCAUCACCCUGCCCAUUCGGGUCUCUGGACCCAGGUCCCACUGAGGUCCUGGCAGGACGGCACCGCAAGGCUUACAGGAGCACUUGUGUGCUUGGUAGAAAUAAUUUGUGUUCCUUUCACGCUGCCAUCACUCUUGCACUGUCUGCCACUGCUGAGAAGGCUGGCGGCAGGCCAAAGAAGGCCAAUGGAAGAAACACCCUUUCAUGGCAAGGUCCGUCCUCCCCCAGCUCAGAGGUGCGAGACCCACCCUAGCCUAGCCGCUCCCUCCCCAGAAACAGUGUGCACAUAUUAUUUUGGAGUGUAGGUGACUUGUUUACUCAGAGAAGCAUGUUUCUGCUUCCCAUAAACUUUAUUUUGCAGAAAUAGAGGAAGAAAGAUGAGAUGUAUGCCUGGCUCUUGGCUCCAAUCUCCUGGUGGGGAUGGUGGAAUGCCAGGAGUGUGCUUGAAUAUUUAUCACAUCCUUGUCAUUGUGUGCUUGUUAGAGAGAAAAAAGACUGUCGAGAAAAACGUAUUCUUUAAACUUGUUCCUAGUGUUCCUUUGUGGUCUGUGUCACUGCGUCUCAGGAGCCUGGCCACUUGACUGUCAUUCCCCUCUUGCGGCCAGCUCGAUGGGACCCACACUGCCACCUGGUGGCUGCCCGAAACCCUUGGCUCCUCUCCUUUCCUUGCCUUUCCACUUGAUGGAGUAGGACCCCUGCCAAGAUUCACAGCCCACUUUAGGGACCAAAAGGAUGUGGUGGGUGAAGGGAGACUACAGGGAGGACAAAGCAGUUUCAAAAUUUUUCCAAUAUAUUUAGGAGCAGGAGUGCAAGGGGCUACAUGACCUAGCAGGACAGAACUUUCCCCAAUUACAGGGUGACUCACAGCCGCAUUGUGACUCACUUCAAUGUGUCAUUUCCGGCUGCUGUGUGUGAGCAGUGGACACGUGAAAGAGAGAGAGAGAGAAUGAGAGAGACAGCGAGCUCAACUCCCCCUGUUAGAUAAUCUUUCUGAAAACCAACUAGCUAGGGGGUACGGCGUGAAGACCAAUUUAUUGAAGAAUUGCACAUAGAUGGCGAAUGAAUGUAACCUAAUAGAACCCUCAUCAUCCCACGGUGCUCUCCCAUGAAAAAUCUUUGUUCUUGGUGGUUUUUUUCCUUUUUUCAUUAUGCACUGGACAAUGAUAGCCACACACAAUGUUCCCAAGGAUACCCAAAUGGGGGUCCAGUGUUCGUGAAAUUGUGUUGCAUUAUAUGCUUUUUCACUUUUGAUAUGUAAGCAAGUAAAAAAUGUUUUUUUUUAAAUAAUAAAUAAAUAAAUAUUCCAAAAUA